AUGCAGGUGGAAGAAGACCCCAGUAGCCAAUUUGUUGACUUUACGAACGCCACAGCCACCGAGCAGUUUGUUUCGGACUUAGAGCAGGCGCUAAUUGGGUGGCAUCUGGCUAGUAAAGGACACGCAUCGCUCGAGGCUUUGGGUCCACAUCUGUCUCCUAAUCCAGUUGACACUGCCGUGUGGACAAAAGAGCUUAAGUUUCAACCGUUUGGAGGUAAACGAGCAAAAAAUUACACACUCUCGCUGUUUGUAGUUAAGCGCCAGACUGAGAGUGAAAUCCCUACAACCUUUAGGAAACCUAAAAUAUGGCUGCAAGGGUUGGAACACUUUACACCAACAAUGUUGUCGGUGGCUGAUGCUAGUUGUGACUUCCAGUGGGAUGUAAAGAAUGUGACAGAAUUUGAAUUGAAGGAAAGUGAACGAAGAUCGAAGGUAUUAUUUCUUCGCUCGGAAUUUGACGAAUCUGAGUCGUGGUUCGAUCGAAAAAAUAUUUCCAAGAACAUGCUCAAGUGGUUCGGAGUAGACGAAUAUAUACUGUUAGGCAGAUCGCCAAUAGCUACAGUUUCAGCUACAGCUGCACAUGAUUCAAGUGAGAUUGGAAAUGGGUCUAAUCCAGCAAAGGAUGAGAUGGAAAAGCAGAGCAUAGAGAGUGGAAAUAUCAUUGCCGACGUGUACAUCGAUCAAAAUGAAGCGGGGAUGCUAUUGUCAGCUUUAACAAUGGCUCUGAAUAAUUGCAACUGCACAAUGCCGGCAUUUGUACCUGUGCUGGAACCAUCUCGAGGCAUGUUGAUAGGGUCAGCUAUACCCGGUUCCACUGGGAACGUCUCUCUCGAAUUCGAUACUGACUCUGUCCCGGAACUGAAUCCCAAUCAAAGUUGUAUUAGUGGUCUUUUAGACUUUUUUAAAGCCAAGUUGCAAUUAUCACCACAGGUUGAAGACAUGUUUCGUGUCGAGUCGGCCAAGUCGAGAGGAGAUGUAACCGCCGGUAUGACAGUAUCAGCCUCCUUUGGGUACUCUUGGAAUCGAAAAGAUGACCCUCGAGAAAUUAUGACAUCAGAUUCUUCAUUAGCUUGGCGGACGAUCGAUUCGCAAUUUUUAGCGAAAGACCAUGAUCAGAUUCGUCAGAUGACUAGUUACCUAUUCGGCAAGUCUCAUUCAACCCCUAUACUCGGAACAAUAAGCACUCCUUUAGAGGGAAUGGAUCUCACAGUCAGCUGGCCGCAGUUGUGUGAAGGUACAUAUGUUGAUAAUGUAGUGCAUUCCACGCUAGACCCUAGCUCUGCUCCUCAAUGGAUGUUAAACGUUCGAUUUGAGGAAGUGCUAUCGGAAAACGAACGAAAGCCGCAACUAGCUCUUAGCAAGCGAAUGGCAAAUCUGGUGCAGGUUUACUCCAAUUCGAGAGAGUUAAAUAAGGACAUGUUAGUGUCUGAAUUGGCUCCGCCAAUGCCGAUAGAUUUAUCCUCAACUAAGCUUCCUGGUUCGUUGACCACGUCGAGUGCGAGUAGAUCGACCAAUAGCUUUGGGAAUCAAGCCUCGAUGAUCAUUCCUGAAUCGAUUCCAGCAGCUCGUGGCGCUGCCGUUGUCCUCAGUCAUGCUAUCUCAAGCUUAGUAUCAGCUGCUACAUGGAAAGGAUCAGACGCUGAGAAUAUCAGGCAAAUUCUUUUAGAGCUGUUUGGAGAUGGAGAAACAAGCAGCGACGAGGAAAAUCGAGAUUCAAACUGUGACAUGAAGAGGAAAGAGGAACUCUCAUUAAUGACUUUACCAAGUCCUGUUCAGCACGGUGCGCCACUGGGAGAGCUCGUGUCAAUCUUAGCGACCAGGAUGACACAAUUACAUGGUAUAAAUUCCAUGUCGCUGCUGUGGGUUGAGUUUGUCAAAGCAUUGCGAAAGCGAUGGUUUCAACUGCAGUUGCUUCCAUUCAUGAGCACAAGCACAAAGGAAAAUGGGGAUGACCAGAAUUCUGGUUCGCACUCACUCGACGCACUAUUUUUAUUAGAUACCAAUGCGAUGCGUCUCCCUCCGCCAGAUUUUCGUCAUUGUCUAUUGCACCAGAAACUUCAACUGCUUAACUGCUGCAUUAUGAGAAAAGCGCAAGAAUCGAAACCUGGCUCAAUUGCAGACAUUAAAUCCAAUACAGAAAAAGGGAUGUCGGAAUUAUUCACUGAUCAGGAUGGUGGUGAUGAAAAUUUGAGUGACGAUGAGUUUUUCGAUUCGAUUGAACAAGAGAGCGUACCAAUGCCUUCACCUCCUCGAACAAGAAGACAUCCUGAAGGUGUUCUUUGCGAAGCUACCGGUAUCGUUUGUCUUCACACAAACGAACCCUUAUUUGAACCUGUGACUCAAAGUGCUGUACCGAUGACGGAAGAUGUGGCAAGGCAACAGCAAGACCUAUUGACUCGUUUAGGCGUCAGUAUUGAAUCAGACAGGCUUAGACAACACAUUCAAAGCACGACGCUUGUAUCGGAUAUGCAAGCUUUUAAGGCUGCCAACCCACGCUGCUGUUUAACCGACUUCAUCCGCUGGUACUCGCCAAAAGACUGGAUUUCGUUUGAGAAUCCUAUUGACCCGACACAAACUGAAUUACCGCAGGAAGGUCGGGGCAUAUGGUGGUUUGAAGAACACGGCAUGUUGUCAGAGCGCAUGCGUUUUGGACCCGGUCACGAGCAUAUCUGGCAACAACUGUGGGAAUCUUGUGUCGCAAUGCCAGCAAGUCGCCAGAAGCCCUUGUUUGAUCCGCUGCAAGAAUCUGAAAAAGUCUUUCACUACAUGGAGACACUCUCUCCGCAUGAAUUGUUCCACCAAAUGCUGGCAGGCGCAAUUUCUAGCAGUGUAUUCGCAUUAGAGACCGCUUUACCUGUGCAUAUAUCAGCUGAGAAUUCGCCAGUGAUUUACUGUGGUUUAGAAAAUCUCCGUUCCCAUGCCAGUCGUGCCAUUGCUAUGCUAGAUGAGGCUCUAGCAGAGUCACAAAUGGCAUUUUCUGCAGCGAGUAGCGGCAAGCAGCAAAUCGGUGAAGGUCAGGAGCAAUCUAUGGCUGCUGCUCAUCAACAAAUUCAAGUCGCGUUUGAGAUGGCCCUUGACGCGUGCUGGAAGUUUGUGUUGUCACUUGAAGCCGUCGAAGCAAUGGUUACUAAAACGUUAGCUCUGCUUCACUACUUCCCAAUGACGAAAGACGAUCACUUUUCUCUUGAGCUUAUAAAUUUGCUCCUUUUGCCAGUCCUAUCCCAUCGCCAGCGACUGAAAAUUUCGGAGCUUUUGGAGCAAAAAAGUUUGCGACAGCAGGUUAGUGCUAUUGUGCUCGCUAAGCCAAGUGUCACAGAGACUGGAUCAUUAUCUGUCAUACCGAUUCAGCGUGAGUAUGUUCUUCGAUGCGUUUGUCCUAGACCGUUUCUCCGAGAAUACUACGAUAAUAUGGCGUUAGAUGAUGAAGACGACGAAAUGAAUUCAGCGCAGCCAGUAUGUGAGUUGGAGGCUAGCCCACUGGUGAUUUGUCGAAUGUAUGCCGCCUUCAAGAAAAGCACUGUGCGUUUUGCACAUGUGCUGGCUGAGUCGGAGUUUUAG